UAUAGAUAUAGGAUAUAGCUAGAGAUAUAGGAUCCAUAUCUUCUCUAUAUCUCCUUGAGUUAACUAUAUAAUCUUUUAGCUGUAUCUUCUUGACAAAAAUUAUGGAGGGUAGAUUACGAAGAGGAGGAGAGAGAGAGAUCUCUUUGCUACGAGAUUGAUUUUGUUUUGAUGAUAAGGAAUCUAUCUCUGGUCAUGAGUGCCAUUAGUUUUUACUUUUUUGCUCUACUCUUCGGAUUGUCUGUUUCUCAAGAACCUAGCAAAGGUGUAUUAUACCCAAAGACGACUGAAACAAGAGAGAAAGUGUCUCUAGAUGGAUUAUGGAAUUUCAUACCAGCCAAUAUGUCUCAGCCGUUAGAAGGAUAUUCAAAAUAUUGGUAUAAACACAGAUUUAUAGAUCUAAACACUACAGUACAAUUGAUGCCAAUACCUGCAAGUUAUAAUGAUAUAACAACAGAUUGGAGUAUAAGAGACCAUGUAGGAAUAGUUUGGUAUGAGCAGUUCUUUUAUGUACCUGUUUCGUGGUCCGAUUCAAAAAGAGUUUGGCUGAGAUUUGGAUCUGUUUCGUAUGCUGCUGAAGUGUGGAUUAACGGUAUCAAAGUACUAUCUCAUCAAAUUGGUCAUUUACCUUUUCAAGUAGAGAUUACUGAUUUCGUUAAUUUUGGCAAGGAAAAUAGGGUAACGGUUUCAUGUGAUAACACUUUAUUGGAGGACACGAUACCUCAAGGAAAACUGGAAACUUUGAGUAGUGGACGAGUAUCGCAGACUUACACAUUUGAUUUUUUCAACUAUGCUGGAAUUGAUAGAUCAGUAUUUUUAUAUUCAACACCAAUAAUAUACAUCGAUGAUAUAACUAUUGUGACUGAAAGCAUAGAGAAUGGAACAGCACUUAUUUCUUUCAAUGUUGCUUUUACAAACUGCUCCGAUGAAAAUGUGACCUGCCAUGUUCAGCUUUAUGAUAAAAUGGGAAACGUGGUUGCUACUAGCAUAUGCGAUGAAGGUGAUGGUAAAUUAAUAGUUGAAAAUCCAAAACUAUGGUGGCCUUAUCUUAUGCAUGAAGAACCUGGUUACCAAUAUACUUUCGAGGCAAAACUGGUAGACGACAAUGGUGAUUUGGUAGACGUCUACCGACUUCCAAUAGGAAUCCGUAAACUAUCAUGGACCAAUACCACUUUUACGAUCAAUAAUAAGCCAAUUUACCUUCAUGGUUUUGGCAAGCACGAAGAUUCGGACAUAAGAGGCAAAGGUUUGGAUCUUCCUCUCAUAAUGCGGGAUUAUAAUCUCAUCAAAUGGAUUGGAGCUAACGCAUAUAGAACAUCUCAUUACCCUUAUGCAGAAGAAAUAAUGGAUCUUGCAGAUUCACUGGGUAUAAUGGUUAUCGAUGAAUGUCCUGGGGUUAACGUUGAGGGUUUCAGUGAUGCAUUGUUGAAAAAUCAUAAGAAGUCGUUGACUGAAUUGAUCAGGAGGGAUAAAAAUAGACCGAGCGUUAUUUUAUGGUCUGCAGCAAAUGAGCCUAGAACGCAACAGGCUGCUGCUAAGGCUUAUUUCAAAGAACUCAUUGAUCAUAUAAGAGAAUUAGAUAAUUCAAGACCUGUAACAAUUGUUGAAGCCCAAGGAUGUAAAGUAACAGCAUCUUCAUCAUUCGUGGACAUAAUUAGUUUCAAUCGGUACAACGGUUGGUAUAAUAACGGUGGAAACAUCGAUGUCAUCACUGAGGCAGUGAUGGAGGAAGCGAAAUGUUGGCAUGAUCGUUUUCAAAAGCCCGUUAUUCUUCAGGAGUACGGUGGGGACACUUUGGAAGGCUUGCAUUUUCUACCAGACUACAUCUGGUCGGAAGAAUACCAGGUCGAUUUGAUGUCCAAACAUUUUCAAGCGUUUGAUUUGUUGAGGGAUCAGGGAUAUUUUAUCGGAGAGUUCAUAUGGAACUUUGCCGAUUUCAAAACUGCCCAAACGUAUACGAGAGUUGGCGGUAAUAAAAAAGGGAUAUUUACUAGAAAUAGGCAGCCCAAGGCUAGUGCGCAUGUGUUGAGGAAGAGGUACUGGGGUUUGGCUGAAAUUUUAUACAAUGCUACGUUGCCUUCAGAUCUCAAUACUUACAUAAUUUCGAAAACGGCGAAAAGGCAUGAAGAACUAUAGACAGCUAUGAUGCUAUUCUGUUAGAGCCUUAUGAAUUAUAAUAAGUUUUUUAUCUAUGUACAAAUAUUUUGGCAUUAAAAUCUUUUCAA